AAGUGAUAAAAUGUGGCUGGAAUGCAUCGUUGUAAAUGAUGAGUAGCUUGGAAAAUGCAAUCGAAAAAUUGUCUUCCGCUGCAAAUCGCUUGAACCAAGUAGUGCACUACCUCGAGAAAGAAGUAGAGAGCCAUAUACCAGAUGAACUUAUUGAUGCAAUUGAAGAAAACGUGAAUCGAUUGUACGGCAAAGUUGUCCAGCCUUGUCAAGAAGACGUGACCUCAGAUGGCGAUGACAAUACUUCUACCGUCUCGCCACCAUCUCCAAGUUGCUUAGAUCAAGUGAUAAAUGAUAGCGAUGAUGAUACCGUAGAUCCUAUUGAUGAUGAUCAUAAUGAUGCUGAUAAUGAUGCUGAUAUUAUGGAUCCAAUAGAUAAUGAGAAUGAUGAUGAUCUAUUUGAUGAUGUUCUAUCCAAGGUUGAUUUUGAAGAACUUUGCAACAAAAGUAUAAGCGAGUAUGAAGAAAAAUAUGUGAACAAAAACAAACAUGAUGUUUUAUCUGAAGAAAAAGCUGUCAACUCAUCUUCAAAAGAGAACCACAACAUCAUGACAGAUAAUSAAGAUAUUCCCAUUGCUGAGCCCGAUGCUAGGUAUAAGAAGGUUUUGAAAGACUAUUUUGGACAUUCUAAAUUCAGACCAAUGCAGUGGAAGAUUAUUGAUCUGGUCCUCAACCAAAAGAGAGAUGUUUGUGUUGUCAUGGCAACAGGAUAUGGCAAAAGUCUGUGCUAUCAGUUCCCACCAUUAUUUAACCAUAGUAGUGCUGUCGUGAUAUCACCCUUGAUUUCACUCAUGCAGGAUCAAGUCAGAAAGCUAGAAGUCAAUAAUAUUUCUGCUUGCUACCUUGGAAGUGCACAGACUGACAGUGCCAAUAUAAGAGCUGGAAUCUUCAGGGGUGAAUACAGGGUCAUCUAUUUGACACCUGAGUAUGUCAGUGCAAAUGUAGAAUUCCUGGCAAGGCUAAAGAGAGAAGUUGGUCUCAGUCUUGUUGCUGUUGAUGAGGCCCAUUGUGUGUCGCAGUGGGGACAUGACUUUAGGUCAUCUUACAGACAACUUGGMUGCAUUAGGAAUAAGUUACCCAAUGUUCCGAUAGUAGCAUUGACAGCAACAGCUACUGAGAUGGUUAGAAAGGACAUCUGCUCAUCACUUAAUCUGAAUCGACCAGCAAUGGUCUGUACUGGCUUUGACAGGCCUAAUCUAUAUUUUGAGGUACAAACAAAGUCAUCAAGUAUUAUUGAAGAUAUACGGCCACUUCUUACCGAGACCAAACAAUCAAACAAGGUAUCAUUCUCAUUUGGYGGCCCUACCAUCAUCUACUGCCCUACAAAGAAGUCUACUGAAACUGUCCAGGAAGCAGUAGCAGCAUGUGGUGUCUCUUGUCUUGUUUAUCAUGCUGGAUUAGCAUUAUCGGCAAGAAAGAAAGCUCAAACAAAGUUCACUAAUGAUGAAAUUGAGUGUGUYGUAGCUACAGUUGCCUUCGGUAUGGGAAUUGAUAAACCUGAUGUACGAAGAGUUAUUCAUUAUGGAGCUCCUAAGGAUAUUGAGUCAUAUUACCAAGAGAUAGGAAGGGCUGGAAGAGAUGGGGAAGAAAGCACAUGCCAUGUAUUUUAUAAAUCAGGAGACUUUGCUGUAUCAAGACACCUUAUAAACGAAAUUGGAUCAGAAAAGCUAAGGAGCCAUAAAUUAGAGAUGCUCAACAAACUAGACCAAUUUCUAAACACAUCGGAGUGUAGACGAAGGAAAGUCUUGGCAUACUUUGAGGAUCCUAGCAAACUUCAGAAUAUYGGAGGAACAUGGAAAUGCUGUGAUAAUUGCAGAAACAUCUUAAGGAACCCUUCCUCUAAAUCAAWUAAGAAGGAUUACACUGAAGAAGCCAAGCAACUUUGCUCUGCCGUGAAGGCAACAGGAAAUGGCAAAUAUGGAGUUACAAUGGUGGUAUUACUACUUAGAGGAUCUACCUCACAGAAGGUUCCACUUCGAUUCACAAAGAUGAGGGAAUAUGGAACUGGAAGGUAA